AUGUUCGAUACACUUCGAACUCAGGCAUCUGAAGACACAACACUGUGGUUGGUGAUGACGACGACACUUCCAAUUCUCAUCAACUUUGGUACAAUGUUCAUUCUCGCUUUCACAAUCUACAAAGUCAAGCAAGUGAAGCAACUUAGCGACACACUAACUUCCAGUACUCAUUGGUUGUCUCGAACGGCAGUAAGAAUAGGAAUAGGACCGUCUGCAAAGAAAGCUCUUGUCGAGUACGCAAAAGGAAAACCAGAAUUUGCCAAGCUUAUGACGUAG